GGUCAUCAAACGUGCACAGAAGGAAAGCGACGCGCCGCUGUAACGAUAAUUCCCGUCGACGAUCCUGCAGCGCGCGCGACCACUAUAACAGAAUAAACAUCGUUGCACAGCUGCCGCAGCAGUCCGCGCACACACGAUACGCGAGUCGCCGGUAGAAUACACUGUACUUAUCGUUCGCCGCGCCGCAGCGUCACACAAUCGCCACCGGUCCGUCCGGAACAACGGGUCAUUGAUUCGGUCUCCGUCGCCGUCGCCGAUUUCUGCACGCGCACUUGUACGUACCGUCUUCUGAGUCUGAUUUUUUACUCAUUUUCGUUUUUCGCACGUUCACGCGGGUCUAGGAUUUAAUAUCCGUUAUUAGAUUUGAAGAAAACCGUUUACGCGCACGUCCGAGGUUUUUCACGUCUGUACACAUCGCGCGCCGUUUCGACGAUAACAAAAAUAUUAUAAUAUAAUAAAUAUCUAUACAUUUUAUUGUUAGGUUUAUUAUCGUACGUAAUAAUCAUAACGCCGGAUAGUCGCGCGUGCAUCGUGCCAUUUUCCGGUAUUAUUUAUAAAUAAUAGUAUAAUAUAUACCGAUUCGGUGCAGUUCUGUUGGACGUCGAUUUUUCCGCGUGCAGGUUUGAAAAAACAGAACGAUCGUCUAUCCCUAUGCAUCAAUGACUAUCAUGUCGAGACGAACCGCGCCAUGCGGUUGAGGAGACAUCAACGACAGUUAAACAAGAAAACAUUAUUAGUCAAUUUACGCUACUGUGCUGAUAUCGAUCGAUACUCAAGUACACUCUGAAAAUACAUAUACGCUGUGGUGCAGUAGUCUUCGAAACUACCGAAAUAACCAUCUACCUACAAUAUUGUUUAUCGCGAGAUUAGAAGACACACCGACUCCUACAGAGAUAUUUUUUAACGUCGAUACACGUACGUUCACUGGACAAAAUUACAAGAGCUAAAUAAAAUGAAGAGACAUGGCAUUUGUUCAGCAAUGAAGUCUUCACACAAUAAAGCAUUAUUACUUAAGAUAUCUAUAAUUGGAUUGAUCAUCAGCCAAAGUUUAGUGAAAUCAUAUCCCUCGUGGGACUCACCAACUACGAUUACAGAUUUCGGGCGCAACAUCAGACAACUGCCAUGCGUCAGCCGGAAGUCCGGAGAGACGGGCGUGUGCAUGUUCGCCUACUCGUGCGCCAAAGCGAACGGCACGCACCUGGGCACCUGCAUCGAUCGGUUCUACUUCGGCAGCUGCUGCAAGACCCAGUCGGUCGCUGAAAUCGACGCCGCCAUCGAACCGGACAACUACCUGAACAGCGUGGACAACAACGAAGUGGCCGGCCCGGCCGGGACCAUCGACACGAAAACGGGCGCACCACUGCAACAGCAGACGACGAGCGUCACCGACAGGUACAGCACGCCGAGGCCGAGCUCGACCAAUUACCCGCCGUCCACCGCGCAGUCGUACAAGCCCACCGGCCAGUUCGCCGUGUCGUCCACGCCGUCCACCACCACGUCCACGUCGCGCACCCAGUACACGGAGAUGUCAGGUCCGAGCGGCACGAAGCCGACGUUCGCGAGCACCAUGAGCAGUUCGCCGCCGACCGGUUCGAUAGCGUCUUCGUACUCGACCACGAUAUCGCAGUCGACGAAGCCGAUGCCGUCCACCACUUUCUCCACGGCCAAGCCCGCGGUCAAGCCAACCUCAUUCAAACCGCCGCCGAUCAGGGACCAGGCUACCACGGCCACGGCCACCGCGGCGUCGGUCACCGCGGCCGCCACCCAAAAACCAAAGCCUCAGACCGCGAGACCGACCGUCCAGUUCAGCGUUCCCAGCUCGACGGCUGGCUACUCGCACGAACCGGCCACGAAGCCCGCGACCACGACCACCGGCCGCCCGUACACCGCGGUCACGUCGAUGCGUCCGCACCACAACUCCACCGCCGCCACGGCCACGUUCGCCACCACUAAACCGGUCGUGAAACCGUCGAGCACCACGCACAAGUCGACAACGGCGUCCGCGGGCACGCCGCCCACGACCGCCGCGCCCACGCAAAAAGUCAAACCGCAAACCGCGACCAGGCCGGUCGCGACGACGCCGAAACCGAGACCCGCCACCACCGGCAAACCGGAACCGUUCGGGUCGUCCACCGCCGAGUCCGCGACUGCGGCAUCCUCGUACUCGACCCGCACGACGGUCGAUAACGUCACCGAGAUCAUCGCCAAUUUCACCGCGGCCGUCACCAACGGCCAGAGUCAGACGCCUAGCUACGGCAGCAUGACGACCGUCACGUCCACCUCGCCGACUCUGGUCACUUGGACCACGCUCGACAAAGUUCCCGCUGUACCGGCCGAAAACACGAAACCACCGUCGCCGUCAUCGUCGUCGCCGCCGCCGAGCAUGACGCACAAACCGUCGGUCAUCGAUGGUUCGACACAUCCUUCUUGGGUCAAACUUCCAGUCGAGACACACGAACCCAACACCGUCGGCACGCCGCCGAAAGAGAGCAGUUCUAGUACAUACUCGUCGACGAUGAUGAUGUCCAAGCCGACGACACAACCAAGUCCAUCCGAUAAUGACAUCGUUAUGACUUCAAACGUUGUCGAUACGACCUACAGUAGCACGCCAAGUCCAUCGAGUUCAUUGUCGUCAAUGCUUACGCAGUCGACUUCGACGGAAUCCGUCGAACCCGGAAGUGCUCCCCUCAAUAUGUCCAACUACAAAGACGUUUGUGGAAGACGACUUUUCCCGACGGCUAGAAUUGUAGGAGGUGAAAAAGUUUCUUUUGGUAAAUGGCCAUGGCAGAUUUCAUUAAGACAAUGGAGGACAUCUACAUAUUUACAUAAAUGUGGAGCUGCAUUAUUCAACGAAAAUUGGGCUGUAACUGCUGCACAUUGUGUUGAAAACGUUCCUCCGAGUGACUUACUCCUUAGACUUGGUGAACACGAUUUGUCAGUGGAAGAAGAACCUUACGGUUACGAAGAACGAAGAAUACAAAUAGUCGCAUCACAUCCACAGUUUGAUCCCAGAACUUUUGAAUAUGACUUAGCCCUUUUACGGUUCUACGAACCCGUAAAGUUUCAACCUAAUAUCAUACCUGUUUGCGUUCCUGAGGACGAUUCAAAUUUUGUAGGUUCUUCUGCCUAUGUCACCGGAUGGGGAAGAUUAUAUGAAGACGGACCUCUACCUAGUGUUCUACAAGAAGUAACAGUUCCUGUGAUCAACAAUUCUGUCUGCGAAACUAUGUACCGCGCAGCUGGAUAUAUUGAACACAUACCAGAUAUAUUUAUCUGCGCAGGUUGGAAAAAAGGAGGUUUUGAUUCGUGCGAAGGUGAUUCUGGUGGACCGAUGGUAAUCCAAAGACCGGACAAGAGAUGGUUACUAGCCGGUAUCAUAUCAUGGGGUAUUGGAUGUGCUGAACCAAAUCAACCCGGUGUAUACACUAGAAUUUCUAAGUUCAAAGACUGGAUCAAUCAGAUAUUGCAAUUUUAACGGAUACAACAAACGCAACACUCGACAUUUCCAUUCAAAAUAUCAUUAUCAAGUCGGUUGGUUAUACAACCACAGUUUUUAAACAAUUUUUUUUUGUUCCUAAUGAUUUUAUACAGUACUCAUAGUAUGUUUUUUUCGCACGACUUGCAACAAAAGAACAUCAUGCGGAAUAGUCAGUUUAAGUGUUAUCGAUCAGUGUGAAUAGUUUCUAAUUUUGUUCGUAUACAUUUAUUACUAAUAGGAAAGAUGUUUUAUUUACAACGAACACAGCCGUUUUAUAGAUCUCUGUAGACUAUUAUGUCAACGGAUGCAAUUUAAUAGAACAUCUUUUUUUAGAUAUUGAUCGACAUGUCACACAUUGUAUACUUGUUAUAGUUGUUUUUACUAUAUGUGUGUCUUAUUAUUCUUAUUCACGUGGAAGUACGUUCGUCUUUGAACUAUUGAAUUGUUCAUCAGUGUAAUACUUGACAGAAACCUUCAUGAAUUGAUUUUGCUACACAAAGGACACAAUAUUGUUACGAUUUACAAUGUUCCUUUUAUUUCAAACCCCACAAUACUUAAAAUUAUUUGCGAUUAAAUAGUUAUUACUAAAUAAAUACUAACUGAAAAAGAUAAUAAUUA